GACGACAGAACCUCUACUAUGGGACGGAGGGUUUUCAUUGCCACCGACGACUGCUUUCUUGUUCGAUCGAAAUUGUAUCGAGAACGGCAUUCGAAUUCGUCGACUCCGUUGCAAGGACCAAUGCCGGACUCGCAAUCGUACGAAAUCUUCGCAUGCGUAACUGGCUUACGCGGCCUGAAUUCACUGUCAACGUCACGCAAUCUGGGGUAGACUGUGAUGGCCACAUGAGCGCGGACAAUUAUGAUGGGAUUGCCAGGCAAAUCCUUUCAAUCUGGAUAUGAUAAGGAAUGUCAAAACGUGAACCAAAAAAUGAACGAUUACAGAUAUGUCUACGUACGGCCGGUAGUGAAGUUCAACCAAAGUAUCCACGAAUGGCGGCGAUUCUCACCGGUCCUCGCAUCAAGAACGACUGCACCUAUCCGAUUCUCCGUUUUUACAGAGCUCACAUUUCGUUGGGAAGCAACGUAUUCACCACCCUCUCCCUUCUACAAGAUAAAAUUGUGUUGCUAACCCAAGAUGCUCUUCAAACUUGCGAUCAUCUGGGCCACUUUGACGAGCGCUACCCAGGCUCAAAACUCGGCUUGUACUGCAGCAACCUCUAUCUCUGCUCUUCCAGCUUCAGUGAGCGGGGACACCUCCAAUGUUUCUCCUGUUCAAGAUGUUGCCGCUGAAAGCUGUCAACUUGCGAGGGGGCCCUUGGCCAGUAGUUGGUACUCUUACGUUGCCGAGAGCGAUGGUUGCCUCACUGCGAAAGUUACCCCACCAGCCGCGGAUGAAUGGGACACCAUCUUGACGGCUCAUUCGGGUGACAGUUGCUCCGCUCUUUCGUGUGUUGCCAUGAACGAUGAUGUUGACGUAGUAACUGAGCGCGGAAGUGAGGUCCGCAUCAAUGCUGUUACAGGCACGACCUAUUACUUUAUGGUCGCUGGCUAUGACAAUGAUGAGCCUGGUGGUCGAUUCGAAUUUGCGCUCUCGCAAACGUCUGAUGCUACGUGCUCUAACCCGACGGGAAAUCAGUGGUGUCCUAUUUGUCCCGAUGGUGGCCAACCCAGCGCCACCGCCAUCUUCGAUGAAAAUGUGCUAUGCAGCGGUGCUGGGGCCGAUGAAGAAUCAGUCGAAGGAGACGAGGCCUGUGGUAUUCUGCAAGUGAUCGGCUCGGCCGUUUGUGGCUGUACGCCUGCGAGCACUGCGACGUGUUCUCUGUGUCCCAGCAGUGAACCUAUCUCGAGUCCCAUGCAGUCUAUCCUUGUUUCAGAGACGGUGACGUGCGGGGAUAUCAGCGUUGUCGGUGGUAGUGAUAGCUGCGGUGCUAAUAGAGACGGCCUCGCCGCCCUUUGUGGAUGCCCCGGUUCUGGUCCAGUGUGUCAGCUGUGCCCGGCUGGUUCCUCGUUUGAUCCAAACCGAUUUGUAUCACCAGACGAUGAACUCACAUGCGGUGAGAUCGAACUCGACUUUCGUAAAGAAGUCAUUCUGUUCCCCAGUAUUGGUUGCACGCCUUCCGCUGUGGAUUUUGUUUUUCAAGCGAAUGUGGUUGACUUUUGCUGCAACGGGGCUAACCUCGAGUCCAAUCCGAAUCUUACUUUUCCUCCAACCGGAUCCACUCCUAAUGGAGCUCCUAUGGCUAUGCCAAUGACAACGCUGUCGCCAGCCGCUACCACCGCUCCAGAAUCUGCUCCCACUGGCGCUCCUCAGGCUAGUUCCCCCACUGUCAUCAACACCUCGACUCCAGGAUCUGUAACCACUACUUCCCCCAUGGCUACGCCAGUGACAACGACUGCACCAGCUACCACGCCGACUUCAGAAACUCCUAACUCUGCCACGCCCACGUCUAGCCCUCCUGUCUCGCAACCUGCAGGAACUUCCGACGCUUCUCGCUCCCGCAUCUCUGUGUCUGCUUUUAAAGCGUGCUAAGCGUGCUGAGGUUGAAUAGCGUAAAAGUGGUAGUAUAAAGUGCCAUGUCAAUGGGCUUUUGAUUGGUAGAAAUCCCGGUAAUGGCUUAGACUCUGCAUUAGAAACGUAAUAAAA